GAGAAUGAGGGUUUUUAAAGGCUCCCCCAAGAAGACUCCUCAGCUCCAAGCUCACCACCAGCUGCUGCUCCUGGAUACCUGUCACCAUGUGGUUCCUGAUCUUGUUCCUCGCCUUAUCGUUGGGAGGGACUGGUGCCGCACCUCCCAUCCAGUCUCGGAUUGUCGGAGGAUCUGAAUGUGAAAAGAAUUCCCAACCCUGGCAGGUGGCUGUGUACCACUACACCAAAUUCCUCUGCGGGGGCAUCCUGGUGGACCCCAGCUGGGUGCUCACGGCUGCCCACUGCUACACCGACAAGUUCCAGGUUUGGCUGGGCCGCCACAAUCUUUAUGCCAACGAACCCUCAGCUCAGCACAGGUUUGUCAGCAAAAGUUUCCCUCACCCUGGCUUCAACCUGAGCCUCCUGCAGAGUGACAGCCCAGUAGCUGGAGAAGACUACAGCAAUGACCUGAUGCUGCUACACCUCACCCAGCCUGCUGAAAUCACAGACUUUGUAAAGGUCGCCAACCUGCCCACUGAGGAACCCAAGCUGGGGAGCAGCUGCCUUGCCUCGGGCUGGGGUAGCAUUGAGCCCAUCCAGUUCGAAUACCCAGAGAGUCUCCAAUGUGUGACCAUUGAGCUUCUGCCUAACGAGGAGUGUGCCAAAGCCCACGUGGAAAAGGUGACAGAUCUCAUGCUGUGUGCGGGAGUGAUGGAAGGAGGCAAAGACACGUGUGCGGGUGAUUCAGGGGGCCCGCUGAUCUGUGAUGGCGUUCUUCAAGGUGUUACGUCAUGGGGCUACGCUCCAUGCGGUGCACCCAAAAAGCCGGCCAUCUACACCUACCUUUAUAAGUUCAACGCCUGGGUACAAGAAGUUAUGGACAAAAACUCCUGAGUGUCACACUGUCCCCUGCUCCCAAUAAAACCCACCAUGCAUCAAAUGA